AUGCCUGAUGUAACUCACCCCAUCAAGGAGAAGUAUAGCUUCUUGGACGAUUACAGUGAAGGGGCGCAUCCACAGCUUCUAGAAGCACUCAUUACCAGCAAUCAUACACAAGAAACGGGCUACGGCAAUGACAGAUACUCUGCCGAGGCGAAGCGAAACAUUCGUGCUCACCUAGGACGUGAUGAUGUUGGUGUCUUCUUCGUCCCUAGUGGCACAUCAGCCAAUGCCAUCUCCAUUGCGGCAUGCCUUCGACCGCACGAAGCUGUUAUCGCCGCCAGCUCUGGCCACAUCGUUACGAGAGAGACUGGUGCUGUGGAAGCCAGCGGCCACAAGAUUAUCAAUGUGCCUCCUACGAACGGCAAGCUGACUCCCGAGACAAUCACCAAGGCCCUGGACGACAAUUGGCAUUUUCCACACAUGGCCAAGCCUCGAUUGGUUUACAUUUCAAACGCCACUGAAGUCGGAACUGUCUACUCCAAAGAGGAACUAUCCGCCAUCAAGACACUUUGCGAAAUAAAGGGACUCUUGCUCUUCAUGGACGGCGCCCGUAUUGGUGCCGCUCUCACCUCAACAAAGAACGAUAUGACUCUUGCCGAUAUUUUGGAGCUAACUGACAUCUUCUGGAUCGGUGGUACCAAAAACGGAGCAUUGCUCGGCGAAGCUGUCAUCGUCAAGCACCCUGGGUUGGCGGAGGACUUCGAGUUCUACAUUAAGCAACACGGGUCCCUUCUGGCGAAAAGCCGCAUCAUGGGCGUUGAGUUUGCGGAGCUCUUCCGUGAUAAUCUGUACUACGAUCUCGCUCGACGGGCAAACGGCGCAGCGGAGAAGCUGUCACGGUGCAUCGUGGGUGCUGGGUAUGCGUUGCGUGCUGAGACGGAGACCAACCAGGUUUUCGCCAUUCUCCCCACAGAUCUUGUGCAGGAGCUGCAGAAGGACUUUACCUUUUACGUCUGGGAAAAGUGCGGAGAGGACUGGGCAGUGGUGCGGCUACUCACCACCUGGGCCACGGACGUUGGGCAGCUAGAGAAGUUCAACCAGACGGUUCUGAGCUGGGCUCAGUAA